AGUUGAAGUUGCGCGAGCGAGAGAGAGAGGGAGAAAGAGAGGCACAGUCUGAAGAGAGAGGAGCUGCAGCGCGGCUGAUGGACUACAGCACACUUCAUUUAACAGUUGUUUUUGCCUAAAACUACAGACGCAGCCCGACGGUGGGUGACUCGGAGACUGUCUCGCGCUUCGUCCACAGUUUUUUAUUUUAUUUACCCACUGCUGUUGGAGUUUUUUUUUUUUAUCUGAGGGAAGAAACGCCGACGAGGCUGGAGAAAGACAGAGGAGAGUAAAGAGAGAAAGAGAGAGAGAGAGAGAGAGAGAAGGAGCAGAGUGUGUGACAGCUGCUUGAGGAAAUUCCUGACCGGUUCCACUUUGGCAUGACGGGAAUUUUUGCUAUAAUUCACUCUCAGAACUGAUGGAGAAGGACCACUGAUCAUUUUGCCGUGUUGCCACGCGGCUUGACUUCCAUUAGAAAGAGACCACUGCUGACUUUGAUCUACAUCACUUUGUGCCAUCUUGGUUGUCCCUGGACUCCUGGCUAAGUGGCAGCGCAUGAUCUCCAGAGAUUCCGAGUAUUCCGCAAACAUGCUCCAGUGCUGAGCUCUGUCUCUUGACUUCACUAUGACCAGCCUGAAGCGUUCGCAGACCGAGCGCUCUGUGGGGGGCUCCGUGCCUGCCACGGAUGAGUUUUACACCCGCCGCCUGCGCUUGCCCAAUGGAGGGGCGCCUCCUCCACGUAGUGAGAGCACCCACCUGUCCGGAGGCACACCUGGAGUUCCCAAGAUGGGAGUCCGGGCACGGGUCGCCGACUGGCCUCCGAGGAAAGAUGGUGGUGGUGGUGGUGGUGGUGGUGGUGGCGGCGGUAGUGGUGGGAGUGGGAGCGGGAGUGGAGGUAGCAGUGGGAGUGGCAGUGGAGGAGGCGGAGGCGGUGUUUGGCACAUUACAGUGGAGACCGACUCACCAUCAACUACUUCUGGGAGCACCCAGAGCAACCUUUCUGCUAAGCUUGGCCACUUGAUAAGCCCACAGGAUUCGUCCAUGCUGCGUAAUAUUCAGAAUACACUAAAGAAUAAGAUCCAUAGCAAGGGCAAAGACAAUCGCUUCCUAUCCCCAGACGGUUACUUGGGUUCACCACGUAAGGGCAUGCGUCGCAUUCGCCAGCGCAGCAACAGCGAUAUUACCAUCAGUGAGCUGGAUGGAGAUGGCAACGAGGGUUGGUCCUUUUCUGGCUGGACACCGAUGCACCGUGAGUAUGGCAGUACCUCCUCCAUUGACAAGCAUGGCGUCUCCGGGGAGAGCUUCUUUGACAUGCUCAAAGCCUACCAGACCGAUGACCCCGAUCAGCGAAGCCCUGCUCCUGAGAAAUUAAGCGAACUGCUUACUGUGGCACACAAGCAGACCGCUCUCGACCUGCCAGACGGGCCCCUGGGACCCCCACGAGGUAGUCCCGCAAGUCGCCUCAAGGAAAGGGAAAAGCACCUGAAAAGACGCUCCAAGUCUGAAACCGGAGGCGAGUCCAUAUUCCGCAAGUUACGAAGCGUGAAGGCAGAAGGCGACUCCUCUCGUGCAGGUUCGGACGCGGAAGACGGGAAGUCAGAGGACGCAGGUCCUCCUCCAAAGCCCUGGGUCUGUCAGAAGGGUUUCGCCCAUUACGAUGUCCAGAGCAUUCUGUUUGACCUGAACGAAGCCGUGCAAAACCGACAGAGUUCCUCCAAAAGGAAGAACACCACCACCGGAGCCUCUGCCGCUGCCGCCGCGUCGGCCUCCACCUCCUCCUCCUUAUCGUCCACCCAGAGCGGGGCCUAUGGCUCUCCCUGCGGCAGCCAAGAAGAGCUCAACGCCAAGGACGGACCAGCGCUGGACCCCGGUGACGAUAAAAGCAACGAUCUGGUCCUCAGCUGCCCCUGCUUUCGUAAUGAGAUAGGGGGCGAAGGUGAGAGGAACAUCUGCCCUUCCAAGCAGGGCAGCAUUGGCAGUGGAUCGGCUAAUUCUUCCAGGGACGAAGACGGGUCCCGUGAGGCGGCGCCCAACACGCAUUUCAGUAAUGCAGGGGUGGCUGUGCUGGAAGCUCCCAAAGAUGGGAAGAGCAUGCACCAUGAGAGGGGAAAGAACAAUAUUUUGGAACAUGUGGACUUGGGAGCCUAUUACUACCGAAAGUACUUCUAUUUAAGAGAGCACUGGAACUAUUUGGGAGUGGACGAGACACUCGGCCCGGUCGCCGUGAGUCUUCGGCGAGAGAAGCUGGACGAUCAUAAAGAGCACGGCCCGCAGUACAAUUACAGGGUCAUCUUUAGAACCAGUGAGCUGAUGACUCUGCGAGGCUCCAUUUUGGAGGAUGCUGUUCCCUCCACGUCUAAGCACGGUUUGGCUCGAGGCCUGCCCCUCAAGGAGGUUCUGGAGUACCUCGUCCCUGAACUGAACGCCCACUGCCUCCGCCUCGCCCUCAACACGCCCAAAGUCACGGAACAGCUGAUGAAACUGGAUGAGCAAGGGCUGAGUUUCCAGCUGAAGGUGGGGGUGAUGUACUGUCUGGCUGGCCAGAGCAGCGAGGAGGAGAUGUACAACAACGAGGCGGCCGGUCCCGCGCUGGAGGACUUCCUGCAGCUGCUCGGAGAACGAGUGCGCCUCAAAGGAUUCAGCAAAUACCGCGCUCAGCUCGACACCAAGACUGACUCGACUGGCACUCACUCCUUAUACACCACUUAUAAAGACUACGAAAUAAUGUUCCACGUGUCCACCAUGCUGCCCUACACCCCCAACAACAAGCAGCAGCUGCUCAGGAAGCGCCACAUCGGGAACGACAUCGUCACCAUCGUGUUCCAGGAGCCCGGAGCCAAGGCCUUCAGCCCCAAGAACAUCCGCUCGCACUUCCAGCACGUCUUCGUGGUGGUGCAGGUGCACAACCCAUGCUCGGAGAACACCUGCUACAGCGUCGCUGUGGCCCGUUCCAGAGACGUCCCCGCUUUCGGACCGCCCAUCCCCGAGGACGUGAAGUUCCCCAAAUCCUCCGUCUUCCGGGACUUCCUGUUGACCAAGUUGAUCAACGCGGAGAACGCCGCGCACAAGUCGGACAAGUUCCGCGCCAUGGCGACACGCACGCGCCACGAGUACCUGAGGGACCUGGCCGAGCGCCACGUCACCAGCACGCCCAUCGACCCCUCGGGGAAGUUCCCCUUCAUCUCUCUGGCGCACAAGCGCAAGGAGAAAAGCCGGCCGUACUCGGGGGCGGAGCUCCGCAGCCCCGGGUCCAUCACCUGGGCCGUGUAUACGGAGGACCACAGCGCCGGAGGAGAACUCGAAGCCCUGCUCGCCAUCUCCAACGACUUCCUCAUCCUGGUGGAUCCAGACGCCAAGGCCGUGGUGUUCAACUGCGCCGUACGCGACGUCAUCGGCUGGACGCUGGGAAGCCCCGCCUCCAUGAAGAUCUUCUACGAGCGUGGAGAGAGCGUCUCGCUGCGCUCGGUCAACAACAACACCGAGGACUUCAGGGAGGUGGUGAAACGUCUGGAGUUUCUGACCAAAGGCUGCGAGACGUCGGAGAUGACGCUACGCAGAAACGGGCUGGGCCAGCUGGGCUUCCACGUCAACUACGAGGGCAUCGUGGCCGAGGUGGAGCCGUACGGUUACGCCUGGCAGGCCGGACUGCGGCAGGGCAGCCGACUGGUGGAGAUCUGCAAGGUUGCCGUGGCGACGCUCUCGCACGAGCAGAUGAUCGAUCUCCUGCGCACCUCGGUCACCGUGAAGGUGGUCAUCAUACCUCCUCACGAGGACGCCACGCCCCGCAGGGGCUGUUCGGAGCUGUACCGGAUGCCAGUGGCUGAGUAUAAGGGAAGCAAUGAGAGCGGUUCGUUCGAGUACAAGUUCCCGUUCCGCAGCAACAACAACAAGUGGCAGCGCACGUCCUCCAGCCCGCAGCAGUCCCUCUCUGCCUCGCCUCAGAGUCACACCGGGACUCCCAACCGCGCCGUCAGCCUCGGGGCCAGCAUGGGCAAGACGCUGUCCGCCGAGAGACCGGAGAGAGCGACGGCCAUCCCACGCAGCGUCUCCAGCGACGGCCGACCUCUCGACCCCAAGAGGAUGUCUCCCAGCUCGGAGAACUACGCGCUGGCUUCCUCCAUGGCGAUGGCUCGACCCACUCACACCCGCAGCUCCCCCAGCAACCUGUCCUGCUCCAGUGAGACCGGCUCGGGCAGCUCGGCCCACUGGAGGCAGAAGUCCAUGCCUGAGGGAUUUGUGCCAAACAGACACUCCCCUCUCCCGCCGGAGCGACAGAUGAUGGGAGACUCCAGCGGAAAAUCCGCCCCCAGCUGGCCCCGAGUGGACGACUCUGAGAGAGCCGCAGCAGCAGACGCCCCGGUCGGUAAAUCCGGACCGUCGUACUCGGGUGGCCCACGCAUCCAAAGGCAGGAUCAGGUCAUUCAUCUGUCGCCUAAGAAGAGCAGCCAGUCCGAGGGCCCGUACUCCCACUCGAGCAGUAACACCCUCUCCAGUACAGCCUCCAGCGGCGCUCACAGCGAUGACAAGUGGUACGAUCUGGGAGCUGGGGGUCCGGGGGACGUCGGCGAGUCCGAGCCCAACGGUCUGGGCGGAGGCGGAUACCUGCAGGGCUCCUCGGCCGACAGCGGCAUCGACGCCACUUCCUACGCGCCCCAUCACGGCAGCGCUGGCUCGUUGCUCACUGUGGGCACCUCGGCGCCCCGAGAGAGGGUCGCGUCACCGUGGCACGGGCCAUCCGAGGGAGGCCGGCGCGUGCUGGAGCGGUCACCUCCGGCCGCGGAGUCACCUGUCGCUCCUGCUGAGGCUCCGACCACACGCAGUCCCCCUACACAUCUCCUAAUGCGCGACAGCAGCUCGUACAGCCUCAGCGACAUGGCCUCACACUCCAGCUCACGUCACUCUGGCAGCCCCGGCGUGCUCAGCUCCAGUCACAACUCUCCCCGAGACGAGUCUCCCUCCACCACCUCGCCCUCCUCCUCCUCUCAGAGCUCGGUGUCUCCGGGACCCAAGAGCUUCUACCCUCGCCAGGGGGCCACCAGCAAGUACCUGAUCGGCUGGAGGAAGCCGGGGAGCACCAUCAACUCCGUGGACUUCGGAGACACUCGAAAGAGGCCUCAGGGCGAGGGAGUGGAAAGUGGGCCGUCUCAAACUCGGCCCUCUCUCAGAGACCUGCACUCUCCUCAGCCGCUGGGCAAAUCCACUGUGGAGGAGGAUCUGAAGAAACUCAUCACCCUGGACAGCCCUCCUGCCAUCCAUCAUGAUGGCAAGUCUCUGCAGCCGUCGUGCUCGGGUGCGAGCGGUUCAGGCCGGCGCUCGCUGCAGCGCACCCUCUCCGACGAGAGUAUCUAUCGAGGCCAGCGCUUGCCGUCACUCGGAGAUGCGGUGCUGGAGCAGGCGCUCGCCAGCGACGUGCUGUUCAGCUGCUCCACCCUGCCACGCUCGCCCACCACCCGCGGGGCCCCCCUGCGCAGACCCUCCUACAAACUGGGCAUCAAGAUGCAUGGUGACCUCUCCGCGUCUGACACCUCUCUAGCAGACCUGCACGAGCGCCAGAGGCUGCCGUCUCCAGAGCUGGGCCUCCUGCCCCUACCCGACACGGACAGCGGCCUGGACUGGAGCCACCUGGUGGACGCCGCCAACGCUUUCGAGGGUGAGGGGAGACCCCCACGCAUCCAGAGGAGUUUCAUGUUCAGUUCUCAGGACCUCAGUCACCGUGGUGAGAGUGCAGUGAGCUCCCAGCAGAUGGAGCUGCAGCCCGUACCCCACUCCCGACUCUCUCCCAGUGAUAUUCCUGUGGGUUUUGCGGGGAAAGUGUCUCAGCUCGAGGCGUUGGUGAAGAUGCUGCAGGAAGACUUGAAGAAGGAGCGAGAGGAGAAGCUGAAGCUUCAGGCUCAGAUCAAGCGGCUUUGGGAGGACAACCAGAGGCUCCAGGAGGAGUCUCAGAACUCGGCGGCCAAGCUGAAGAAGUUCACAGAGUGGGUCUUCAACACCAUCGACCUGAACUGAGAGCACCGCCGGAGCAGCUGCUCCGUCAUCCAGCUCCACCCGGGACCAACGCGAGCAGCAAUCAACACGCCAACACUUCCUGGAAGCGAGUCAGAAAUACGGCGCAGGAACCAUCAGCUCUUCUCCAGCCCUCUCGUCAUGUUUAACAAGAGGACCGAUUCGUACUUCUGUCAUUCCCUUCGGAGGUUUCUCAGAGCGCCAACCUGCAGGGAUGAGUCCGUCGCUUCCGUCACGUGCAUCACGACUACACUACUCCUCACAUCCAGGGGGAACCCGACACAUCUUUUUUUUUUUUUUUUUUUUUUUUUUUUUUUUUUUUUUUUUUUUUUUUUUUUUGAGCUUCAAGAGCCAUGUUUGUGAAAUUUCGCUGGGUCACUGUGCUAUUCGGAGUUGGUGUGCGUUUUUCUUGCUUUCCUUUCUCUCUAAUUAGUGAGGCUGGUGGUGUGAAUCUACAACGCAGCAGUACAAUCAAACAAAACAACAACAAACAAACCAAGGAAGGAAGCCACGUCUUUUUUUCCCCCUUCUUUUUUAUUAUUAUUAUUAUUAUUAUUAUUAUUAUUAUAGAUGAUCUGAUAGUACAGACUCAUCGACGGCAUUUUGUUUUCUUUCUUUUUUUUUCUCUCCCGCAAACGCAAAAGCAAUAGACUGAUGAUCUCAAUGCGUCAGCUUCACCGGACUGUAAUAAUAAUAAUAAUGAAAUCUCACCGUGUCGGAUUCUUAUUUUCCGUAAAAAGCAAUCGCAGGUCUGUGGUACGAACGCUGAAAACUCGAAGAAAGGGGGGGGGGGGGGGUGUUUUCUCUUUACUUUUUUUAUUUUUGUUUUUUUUUUGUUGGGACAACUAAUUUAUUCCGUUUGUAUUAUAAAUAAAUAUCCGUACAGUAGAACGUUAAUGUUUAUUUUCCAGACAGAUGCUCAUAAUUUAGGUGUAUUAUUAUUACUAUUAUUAUUAUUAUUAUUAUUAUUAUUAUUAUUAUUAUUAUUUUGUACAUUUAAUUUCAGCCUGAUGCUGUUUAUCUUCCGCGUGCUUUGUGGUGCCCUAGCCUGCCGUCGUCGUGUUGCCUUAGUGCCCUCUUGUGGUGAAAAGUGAUCGUUUCACUCGCUACAAUCUAUAUUUCAGUUUUAAAAAAACAACAACAACAAAAAAAAAAAACCCCACAAAAACAAAGCGUUCAUCAUUUCCUCCUUUUGCGUUUGUGUUCAUGGAAUCAGAGAUCUAGCUCAGGCUCAGUGUGUGCGUGUGAGUGUGUGUGAGUUAUUCGGGUUUGGAGUUAUUCUGACUGAGGAAACGGAUCAGCACAGGAAGUAGAUAUCUGAGUUUCCUUCUAGAAAUCGGGGAGAUUGCGGGACAAAAAACCGGAGUGCCUGCUCAGAGGAAGGGCUUUACUCAGCCGAUAAUCCUGGCUCUCAGUGCUGGGCUUUCUCUCAUCAAUCUGAGACACCCCCCCCAAACACACACACACACACACACACACCCCCCAAUCAGGUGUGUUAAUGACCCGAUACUGCAGUAAGUACACACACAGGGCUGUUCUGAGCUCGAAAAGUUCGCAAGCAACUCUAGAGAAAAAUGUAAUAUUCAGCAGUGAAUGGAGAUUAUCGAUUCUGUUCUAAGAAUCGUUUGAGUCGUAUGAAUCAUUUGAGUCGUAUGAAUCGUUUGAAUCAUUUCUGGCUACCAGCCACUUAACGAAGGAAUCACGUAGAACCCUAAAAGCCCCAAAAACUUGAUCAAUUCAGGUUUGUACAUUAUAGAAACCCUAGAGACCGCGUGCCUGAGUGAGUUAACGAUAACGAGUCGUGCUUCUCCUUUUACUCGUACAGGAAGGUUUUACACAAGAGCUCCUGCUCUAUUCUGUGGAACUUGAACGCUGAGAAAGAAAAAAAAAAAAACGUUCGAGUAUGAAUUUCCUAAAUUUGAAUGAUGUACACGUCACACCCCCCCCCCCCAGCUGUGUGGUGUAUAACAAAAUUUUCACCGUGUUUGGUUUGAGCUUGCCCGGGGUAAGAUUUGACUUAAAAAAAAAAAACAAAAAACAAAAAAUGUUUCAUUCGGAGUGACGGGUUACGAUUUUGAGAUUUAAAAGAAAAAAUUAUUGCCAAAGGUCAAAUAUCAAAAACUGCAGAUUUUAUGUAAAUUAGGCCAAAGGAGAAAAGUAGACACUUUUUAAAGCAGUCAAACGAAUAAAUAAUUGUAUUUUCUACCAUGCUGGUAAAACAUCGAUGCUUAGCGUAACUAUUUAAGCGACGUUCUAGCUAGUUACGCUGUGCUAACAUCACACUGUAACAUGUCUUGAUUUUUCACGGACGUGAACGUGACGGAUGUGUGAUUUGGCGGAAUGCCCAGAACGUUUUCUUUUCCCCGCGAGUCCCGAUGCUAUUCAUCUACGGCCGAAUUUACCUAAAUUUACAUAAGAUUUGUAUUUGCAUGCCUCUUCCACUAGGUGGUGUGAGAGAGUCACGUUUUCAGGUUCUUGCGUGUGUCGCGUGGAGUGUUUUCGUAGGAUUUAUAUAGAAUUGUCGCUGUAACCUGCAGAUUGGAUUCUUUGGAUUAGAUGUUUGGAUUUGAUCCAGCAGGGUCAAGAUCACCGCAAGAGUCGAAAGUAUUUUCGUCAACAGCUUCCUUCCUGAUUGGAGGAUUAUAUUUUAAUGCAUGCAUGUUAGUAAAAAAAACAAAACAACAAAAUAGAAAACAAAGCAGGACUGGACCUCUUGGUGGCGCUGUUGGUGUUGAGAUUUAUUUAUUUGGGGUUUUUUUUCGAUCUCAAAACCGUAAACACGUUGUUUUAUAGUUUUAAAGGCAAGCUAACAGAUUUAAAAAAAAAAAAAAAAAAAAAAAAACUGGCAAAAAUGUAACUUUACAUACACCACAAAAAAAAAAAGAAUCAAUCGGUACAUAAUUAAAAUGUAUGAAGUUUAUAUUCGAAUGCUUUCGUCAGCUUUUAAGCUCCACGACCGUUGUUUACUCUUCACCUUGUUCAAUAUUCCACAGUAAUCAGAUGUCUUUUAAUGUGAAUGUUAACUUUCUUUUCUUUUUUUUUUUUUAUUUUUUCUUUCUUUUUGUCGUUCUCAGUCGGAUUCAAACUUUAAUUUGCACUGUAAGAUUUUUUUUUUUGUUUUUUUUUUGUAUAGAUUUAUUCUAAUUAUUGCUAUGUUAACAGUUGAUGGAGCCUCAUAACGUAAACGUCUUAUAACCGGACAUCGCCUUUCCUGGCGUGCGUCAUCACGUGCGGCGCGGAGAAGACGACCGUCCACCUCCGCCCUUCUCCGGACCGACGCGUGUUUCAUCGACGGGAGUCGUGUUCCGCCUCGACGACGUGCGCGGUUCCUGAAAACGCCGAUAAAAACAGAAAGGAUGAUACCGAAGCGUUAUAUGUUUAACGGGAAGAGAAGUACUGUUUACAUGAUUCUGUUCAUUUUAUUUGUAAAGUGUAAAGGUUUAAAGAACCGAUUUCCCAGUCAUCAUAGCAGUAUUAAAACAUUUUCUUAAAUAAAUAAAUAAACACUA